AUGGACUCGUCAGACUUUGUUGGUAUAUUUGAAGUAUACGAGAAACAUGCAGUAUAUUUUCCAAUUCAACGAAAAACAAUGUUAUUUUAUGGCAUAGCUACGAAUGUGGUGAUACUAUUUGCUUUAUACGUCAUGAAAACAGCUUCUAUUGAGCUGUUGGGGACGUUUCGAGUUCUUAUGUACUGCAAUGUUGUGUUUCCCGCUUUAGAAUGUAAUAUGAUCUGUUUUCUGUUUGUACCGCACAUCAUGGUGCCAUAUCCUGUGAUUUUGAGCAUGGGACCCACCAGACUACUAGGUCGUGAAACAACUCUACUUUAUAGUGUUUUGUUCUGGUGGUUUGGCGCGGGUGCCGUUGUUAGCAUUGCAGACUCAGUAUCACUUCACUACAUAUCAUUAUUUGUUGUCACACCUUUUAGCAUGACAUUUAUUUACUUGAUAAUAAGUGACACGCAGUCAGUCUCAUCGAUGUUAACAGCGGACCCAAGAAACGCUGUCUUUGUGAACGAAUUCGCCGCUAUGCCGGUUUACCUUUUUCAGUCGUUUGGCGUCGAUUUGGGCCUGAUAGCACUACUUCUUAUUUACACUGGCGCAGCAAUCGUUGGUAGUGCAAUGAUAAUCAGGGUAAUUCUACGCAUUCGGUCGAGGAAACACGAAUUUUCCCCAAAAACGUAUCGCCUUCACAUCAACGUGGUUAUUGCACUUGUCAUGUACUGUGUAAUACUAUUUCUUCAAGUGGGCCUUCCCAUUAUGCUGUUCGUCAUCACAGUAGUUUUCAGCUUAUCGUGGAUGACUGCA